AUUGGAUGAAAGUCCAUGGACUGGAUUCAUGACGGCACCCUUUAAGUUCUCUAAAACACCUUUUUAUUUUGUCUUUUUUUUUUCCUCAGGAAAAGAAAGCCUGAAAGAUCUGGAAAAAUUAGAGAUAGAGGCAACCAAUCUCCAAUCAGCCAAUGAGGAUCAGCAACGACACAUUGAGAUCUUAGAGCAGGCUUUAAAUAAUGCUCAGAGUAAAGUCCUCAAACUAGAGGAAGAGUUGAGUAAAAAGCAGAAGUAUGUGGAGCGGGUGGAGCGGUUGCAGCAGGCACUAGCACAACUCCAGAUUGCAUGUGAGAAACGUGAGCAGCUGGAACAACGUCUACGUACUCACCUGGAGAGAGAACUGGAAUCAUUGCGAACACAACAGCGUGCUGGUGUAGGUGUUCCUCUUAGUGUGUGUGAGUCCAGUGCUCCUGCACUACUGGAUCUGCUAACGGAGAGAGAGGAAAGGAUUCUGGGAUUGGAGGCUGAUAUGACAUGAUGGGAACAGAAGUACUUAGAAGAGAGUGCAAUGAGACAGUUCGCCAUGGAGGCCGCAGCUACGGCCGCAGCACAGAGGUCAUUGCACGC